AGCCAGUUCCAGGAUAGAGGACCUGUAAUCAGCAGUAUAAUGCGGAAGCCAAGCCCUCAGAAAGCAAUAGACUGGAAAGAUGGCAAAAAGCACAAGUACGGGCGCCUGUCGGAACCUCCCUCUCAGUACCAAGGUCACUUUGCCUGGGAUAAAUACUUGAAAGAGACAUGCUCCAUCCCAGCCCCUUCUCAUUGCUUCAAGCAGUCAUACACCCCACCCACCAACGAAUUCAAGAUCGGCAUGAAGCUCGAGGCCCAGGACCCGAGGAACACCACAUCCACUUGCAUUGCCACUGUGGUGGGGCUGACGGGGGCCCGUCUCCGGCUGCGCCUGGACGGGAGCGACAACAAGAACGACUUCUGGCGUCUGGUGGAUUCUGCAGAAAUCCAGCCCAUCGGGAACUGCGAGAAGGAUGGAGGGAUGCUGCAGCCCCCGCUGGGAUUUCGGCUGAAUGCUUCGUCUUGGCCCAUGUUUCUCCUGAAAACACUGAAUGGAGCAGAAAUGGCUCCUGUUCGGAUUUUCCAUAAGGAGCCCCCACCUCCCUCGCAGAACUUCUUUAAGAUCGGGAUGAAACUGGAGGCCGUGGACAGGAAAAACCCACAUUUCAUCUGCCCGGCAACCAUCGGCGAGGUGCGGGGCUCCGAGGUCCUCAUCACUUUUGAUGGCUGGAGGGGGGCCUUUGACUACUGGUGCCGCUACGACUCACGAGACAUCUUUCCCGUGGGCUGGUGCUCAAUGACUGGAGACAACUUACAACCACCUGGGACGAAAGUGGUGAUUCCAAAGAGCCCGUUCCCUGUCCCCGACGUGAUCUCUGACAAGAGCAGUAUGCACAGCGGCGCAAAGACCAUCCUGGACCAUCAGCCUGGGCAGAGGGGUCGCAAACCUGGUCGGAAGCGAGGCCGGACGCCUAAGACUCUGACCACUCACCCCAUGUCCGCCCCUUCCAAGGCAGUGGAACCUUUGAAAUUCCCCAAAAAGAGGGGGCCGAAGCCCGGAAGUAAGAGGAAACCUCGAACUUUGCUGAAUCCAGCGCCCACCUCCCCUACAACCAGCACUCCCGAACCCGAUACGAGCACAGUGCCCCAGGACGCGGCAACCAUCCCCAGCUCCGCCAUGCAGGCCCCGACAGUUUGUAUCUACUUGAAUAAGAACGGGAGCACCGGCCCUCAUCUGGACAAGAAGAAAGUCCAGCAAUUACCGGACCAUUUUGGGCCAGCUCGAGCGUCCGUGGUCCUCCAGCAGGCAGUCCAGGCCUGCAUCGACUGUGCCUACCACCAGAAAACCGUCUUCUCGUUCCUGAAGCAAGGCCACGGAGGCGAGAUCAUUUCAGCUGUGUUUGAUCACGAGCAGCACACCCUGAACUUGCCGGCCGUCAACAGCAUCACGUACGUCCUCCGCUUUCUCGAGAAACUCUGCCACAACCUCCGCAGCGACAACCUCUUUGGAAACCAGCCCUUCACUCAGCAUCACGCGCAGCACUCCCGCGAGUACGACCACGACAGGUACCUACCAGACAGAAGCAUUUCGUUAGACGGCUCUCUGCAGGGACCAGGCCGGGGUACAAAGAGAUAUUCCCAAGAUUCCCCUCCAUACAGUGCUCCAAUCUCCCCCAAGUUACCAAAGAAUGACCGUCACCCUUUGGAAGGAGAGACAUUUAUCCUGGGCGACGGGCUGCCGGGCGCCUUGGAGCCUCGCCUGGACCCCAUGGACUCCGCCUUGAACGCCGUCAGCGCGCCCAGUCCCAGCAGGACCUCCAGGGACUAUCGGCUGCAGGGAUACCGGCACCUGCACCAGCCGUCCAGCCUCACGCAGUGCGGCCCCUCAGCGUUGCACAGGCUUAGCGCUGGGGGCUCCGACAGAUAUCUCGGGCCCCGAGAUACCUCACGUCUGGGCACCCGGGACUCCUCCACCUGGACAGUGGAAGAUGUCAUGCAGUUUGUGAGAGAAGCUGACCCUCAGCUCGGGCCCCACGCUGACCUCUUCCGAAAACACGAGAUCGACGGCAAGGCCCUGCUCCUGCUGCGCAGCGACAUGAUGAUGAAGUACAUGGGCCUGAAACUGGGGCCGGCCCUGAAGCUGACCUACCACAUCGACAAGCUAAAGCAGGGCAAGUUCUGAGCGAGAGAGGCCUUCCCGGCCCCCC